CACAACAUGCAAUAAAGAUCAGAGUUCAAAUUUUAGUUGAUAAACAAAGGUAGCUAAAAGAAAAGGGUAAAAUGGCUGCGUCUAUACGUGAAAUAACUUCAAUUGAAGAAUGGGAAAAAGAGUGGGAUGGAUUUGAAAAUAAUAUCAAAAAAUUAAAGGAAAACGAAUAUGCAAAGCUGCUGCAGUUAAUGGAUGAGUAUCGCAAUGCUCAAGCAAAGCUACAGAAAGGUGUUGACUAUCAGUUAAAGAAUGUGGGAGCUUUUGCUAAGUCACUAAAAGCUGUUGGAAGAAAACAAACUUCUUCAAAAGAAAAGGAAAAUUUUUUAGAGAUGACAAAGAAACUGAAUGGCAUCCAAUGCCACUUUGAUGAACUCCAACAAGCUUUACCCAAGAAAGCUGGAUGGUUUCUUCGAGCGUGCAUUGGAGAAAUUAAUGUUUCAUUAUUCUGGCAAAAGCAACAUUACAAAGAUGUGUAUGAGAAAUUUAAAUUAAAAACGAUGAUGAUAGCUAUGGUGUUUGCAUUGUUUAAUCUCUUUGUUGUUCAUUCCAGAUUCUUCGACGCGCUAUUUAAUGGUAUAUUAGUUUGGUAUUACAGCUCCUUAACGUUACAAGAACAAAUUCUGCGAGCUAAUGGUUCUAGGAUCAAAGGCUGGUAUGUUACCCACCAUUAUUUAUCCAUUUUGAUGUCAGGAUUCCUACUGAUAUGGCCGAAAAGUGUGACGUAUCAAUUGUUUCGCACCCAGUUCUACUACUUUGCGCUGUACUUAAGUUUUGUUCAGUUUCUUCAGUAUCAUUAUCAACAUGGUAUGUUAUAUCGAAUGCGUGCUUUAGGGCGUGGUAGUAACAUGGACUUGACACAAGAUGUCUUUCGUUCGUACAUGUUAAAAGGACUGACUUUUUUAGUGCCUUUUCUUGUCGCAGGUUAUAUUUUCCAGUUGUACAACGGAUACGUUUUGUAUAGACUCAGUCAACACGAAGAAUGCAGAGAGUGGCAGGUUUUAGCAAGCUCUCUUCUCUUCUUCGUCAUCGCUGUUGGAAACAUCUACACGCUUGCAGUUGUGUUACGUCAAAAAGCUACAUCUACCAUUCGGCUGCCGUGUGGUUAACGUUAAGUUGCCGCCAUUUUGUAUAUGCGUGAUAAUAUACGUGCGCAUGUGUAUGCAUCUAAAAGCAAAGUGGAAACUCCAUAUGAGAAGCGUGCUGCUUUGUGAAUGUGAUGGUUUUACCUGAAUAAAGAAAACUUAAUCUAGAGAAUAUAUAAAAAAGUAUCAACUAAUUUUGAUUGAUUAGACUUAAUUAGUGCAAAGGCGGGCGGGAGGCUUGAACUAAAUUUUGAGUUAGCUACUUUGAUACACCAGAUUCCACUCUACACAUCUAAGUUAUACUACUACGUAUUCUAGUGUUUUUCUGAGAUUGUAUAUGGCAACAGUUCGGUUAAUCUAUAUUUGAAGAAUAAAACAACGCUCUCUGACCAUUCUGUCUUCAAAUUCUAGGUAUAUGUUUUUACUAUCAAGACCUAAUAUAUUGUUCAGUAAAAUAUUUGUAUUCCUUUCCAUGACAAUAUGACAGUUCACUUUCAGCGAA